AUGGCAGCACCAUCACCCACUCCCUCUCCACCCCUCCCCACUCCCCCCCCUCCCGCCUCCCACUCCCCGCCCUCCCCAUCCCCGCCCUCUCCCUCCCCAACCACUCCCCUCCCCCCAGCACGCACCUUCCACCAGCAAAUCCCCUCCUCCCUUCCCCAAGCCAAGCCAGCCAAGGAGGAAGCACGGAGGCUGCGGCUGCUGGAGCUACAGGGGGAGCUGCGGCUGGUGCAGGAGCAGCUGCAGAUGCUGCAGUCCCAGAGCAAGGGCAAGCGCCCGCACCCCUCCGACCACCACCACCGGCAGCGCCCCCCUCCGUCCCGAUCCAUGCAGGCUUCUCGGAGCAAAGGGAGAGUCCCUGGUGCGAUAGGCAGUGGCAGCAGUGGGGACGGAGGAGGGUGUGGGGAAGGAGACGAAAGGGGGCUUGAGGGGAUUGAGAGCAGUGGCGGGUCGUCGAGGGUGCUGCAGCAGCCAGUAGUUGCUGCCCCUAGAAGAGCCAUGGUGCACCAGGACGGAGACAGCCCCAGUGCCAGGCUCCCACACGGCCACUCUGCUUCAGGUGGAUCCUCAGGAGAAUCACCUGAAGGUUCACCUGGUGUCCGUGGCUCAGGUGGUAGCAGCAGAGCAGGGAGCAGCAGAGCAGGUGGCAGCAGCCGUUCCCCUGGAGCUGCUGGUGGUGGUGGUAGCAGUGCUAGUGGCCUUGCUGCGUCAUUGCUGCAAGGAGGGAUUGGUAGAGCAGCGGCAGGAGGGGUGGUGAGAGAGGAACCCCUGCGGUGCUGCUUGGCUUCCCUCUCCCUCCCCUGGGAGUCACUUGCCUUCGACCUCCUCUUCAAGGAAAUGCCUGUGAAGAACACCGUCCGAUUAGAAAGCGCAAUUAACGGUCCGAUCGUAACCAGCGCUGACAUAUCCACUGGUGUUGCUGAUGCGGCGCUGACGUUCCCAGAGUCGUCGUCAACCGACGAAACCCUCAUCGUUCCCGCCACAGACUACAUCAAACACCGAACGAACCCUGACGGAAGCAUUUUGAAGUUGCAUAUUCGAGAACAGAAACCGUCCCCUGAUGAGGUCUUGCUCUACAACUCCCUGCAAGUCGGCCAUGAAGUAUACGAAGUGGGAGACUCGGUUUUAUUGAGGUCUUGCCGUUCUGACUGUGAUGUCGUCUUCAUUCGUCAAAUCAGGGUCAACCCGGAUGGUGGUCUCGAAGUGAAAGGACAAUGGCUUUAUCGGGAGCAACUUCUUCCAUUCUCACAAGAGCAUGGAAGGAGCUCGGUUGAAGCCAGGGCAACUACUACGGAUGAACUUUUUGGAAACAUCAAAAGGACAUCCGUUCCGUCCGAUCCACGUCGACUGUUUUAUUCCUUCCACUAUGAGUCCUUCGUUCCCGAGACAAUAGUACGGAAGUGCAGCGUCGUUGUUAUCCCGCCGUCCAAAGCUCUGCCUUCAACAAGUGAGCUUUCGGAUUUUGUGGUGUCACAUGUCUAUGAUGUUCAAGGUCACCGUCUACUGACUGUGACCGACAAGUCCCUUCCCAGGGAACAUCAUGACGAGCUUGCGACGGCGCUUGCGCGGUCCAAGGAGAAAUGGGAGUCGUACGUGGAGCAUACGCCCAGAGAGCUUCAAGAGAGCAAUAAGGUCAACCUUGUGUGUUCAAGUUCAAACAAGCGCUCUGCUAAAUGCUCCGAGCUGAGCUGGAACGUUCCUGGUUCCAAGCGUCGCAAGCUGUCGACUGAAGGCAAGUGUUUGGCGGUUGCCGGCGGUCUUAUCAGAUGCGAUCAAGCUGCAAAAGAGAUUGAAGCUCCUGAAGACCAUUCUUCCGUCAGCGGUGGUUGCUGCAAACCUUCACUGCCAGUUCCCUCGGUGACAGAUCACCUUUCGCAUGUGGACACGUAUUUGGAAGUUUGCGAUAAAGCAGAUGCUGGGUGCAGUAUCACGGCAAGCACCGUUGACGUUCGUACGGGUGCAACUGGACUUGCCGAAGACCCCGAAGGCUUUCUGGAGGCAGUUGAGGUCCACGAUUUCGAUGAGAAGUUGGUGGAGCAGUCAACCACUCCCGUCGAUGUUCAACAUCUGGUGGAACUCCUUUGCCCUAACUGCGGUGUCUGCGGAACCGUUCCUAAUUCCCCAUCGGAAAAUUCUUCUAAUGAGAUAGAAGAGCACAAGUUGGAAUGUACGACAUGUGGGCACUCCUGGGUUUCACUCCUCGAUUCAGGGAACGCCGCGGAUGCAGGCCAUGACGAUCUGGAGUUUCACGGCCUGGAAUGUCAAGAGGAAAGUAAUGCGGUCGGGAGUGAAAGCGAUGCAGAUGAUGAAAAUGACCCGCUUCUUUUCAUCAAACGUCUUCCGCUGCUCACGUAUGCGAUUCCUGAAAACCGUCCUUGCAUUUUGCCUCCGCGAAAAUCAGAUGCGCCUCCUGUUACGCUGGUCCUAGAUCUUGAUGAGACAUUAGUGCAUUCGACAAUGGACUUUUGCCCAUUCUCCGAUUUCAACUUCCCAGUCUUGCUAAACAGCCAUACGCAUAUGGUUCAUGUCCGUAAGCGCCCCCAUGUGGAGACUUUUCUGCAGAAGGUAGCUGAGCUGUUCGAGGUUGUGGUCUUCACAGCCAGCCAAGGCAUUUAUGCAGAUAAGUUGCUCGACAUAAUCGAUCCCAAGACGGAGCUUGUUCAGCACAGGAUCUUCAGAGAGUCCUGUGUCUACAUUGAAGGGAACUAUGUCAAGGACCUGUCUGUUCUUGGCCGAGACCUUGCUAAAGUGGUGAUUGUUGACAAUUCACCCCAGGCUUUUGGAUUGCAAGUGGACAAUGGCAUCCCUAUUGAGGCAUGGUUUGAUGAUGACAAGGACUGCGAGCUGCAGUUGCUUCUCCCAUUUUUGGAGACCCUGGCGAGGGCAGAUGAUGUGAGGCCACACAUCACUGAGAGAUUCAAGCUUCAGGAGAGAAUUAACAAGAUCCCUAACUGA